AUGGCGCCCUCUUUCGAAGAGCCGACAUCUACCUACCUCGAGGCACCGACAAAGACCCCUCCAAAUCUCGUUGCGCCCGAGCCAGAACACUGUCCAGGGCCCGAAUCCGACCAAGCAGGCCAAGGCGACGCCUGCGCCGGCUGCCCAAACCAAUCCAUCUGCGCGUCCGCGCCAAAAGGCCCAGACCCCGACAUCCCCAUCAUAACCUCGCGCCUCGCCUCCGUCCGACACAAAAUCCUCGUCCUCUCCGGCAAAGGCGGCGUUGGCAAAUCGACCUUUUCCUCCCUCCUCGCGCACGGCUUCGCCUCGAACCCGGAUUCGACAGUUGGGAUUAUGGAUACGGAUAUUUGUGGACCGAGCAUUCCGAAGAUGAUGGGUGUUGAGUCGGAGACUAUCCACGUUAGCAAUGCGGGGUGGAGUCCCGUCUGGGUAUCUGAUAACUUGGGUGUGAUGAGCGUGCAAUUUAUGCUACCGAAUCGCGACGACGCGGUGAUCUGGCGGGGUCCGAAGAAGAAUGGGUUGAUCAAGCAAUUCCUCAAGGAUGUGGACUGGGGCGAGAUGGACUAUUUGAUUGUGGAUACGCCACCGGGGACCUCGGACGAGCAUCUCUCUGUGAACUCUCUGCUCAAGGAGAGUGGCGUCGACGGCGCUGUAGUCGUCACGACGCCGCAGGAAGUCUCCCUCCUCGAUGUCCGGAAGGAGAUUGACUUUUGCCGCAAGGCCGGGAUCCGCAUCCUGGGUCUCGUGGAGAAUAUGUCCGGGUUCGUCUGCCCGUCGUGUGAUCACGAGUCCAAGAUCUUCCGGGCGACGACCGGUGGUGGGAGACGCCUUGCGAAGAAAAUGGGCAUCCCUUUCCUCGGCGCCGUCCCGCUUGAUCCUAGGGUUGGAAUGGCGUGUGACUAUGGCGAGAGCUUUGUCGACAAUUUCCCUGAUAGCCCGGCGUCUGUGGCGAUUAAGCAGGUUGUAAGGGCUGUUGGGGAGCUGGUGGGUGAGGAUCCGAAGGAGGUUCUCCCGGAUGAUGAGUGA